AGUGUAGAAUCCAGGAUAUUACCAGAUUGUUGCAACGAUUCCAUUGUGCGAAGGUAGGAGAUGACACAUCUGGUGGUUUCGAGCUUCCAUCAACAAAUCCUAACUUGUUUCUGGCUCUCAACGCAAUUUCAGCAGAUCUUUUCCAUUGCGGAAAGUUUUCGCCGUUCAAUUUCUGUGAUGCCAGCGAAAAAUUUGGUGAAUCAGUGGGAUGCAGAUACAAUUCACUUUGGACGGAGUUCGCCGGUUGGUGAUGCCGUGGAGCCGCUGGACGACGACGACAAACAGGGUAAGGAAAUCUCGGGGACUCUAUGCGAAGGGGAAGGGAGGGGAAACGGCGAUGGCGAUGACGGCGUUCUAGGUGGACUCGACGGCUUGCUGGGGUUGCUGGUUGACGGCGACGAACACAGUCGGUGACGAAUAGGAACCGAUCAAAAGAACCGAACAGAGACCAGCGUAAAAGAAAGAGAUCCAAAGUGUCGUAACCCCCUCCUCCUAUUUAAUCUGGGUCCCAAAAAAAUUUACAUCUUUCAAAAAAAUUGUGUCCCACAAUCUCCUACCCAUUUCUAUUAAAAAACCAAUUUUACCCCUUACUUUUUCAAACCCUACAUAUCACAUCAUACCUUUUUCCUAAUAAUUUACACAUCACAUCCUACUUUUACCCAUCACAUCAAGGAUAUUUUUGGAAAGUCAACACAAAAUUAUCUCUCUCUUAAUUUCUAUUUUAGUCAAAAUGGGUAACACUUUAUGGGACGGAGGGAGUAUAAAAUUAAAUAGGUUUUAGGGUC